GGAUGAAGUUGUUGCCUUGGGAGAGCGGCUGGUUCUGAAGCUUGAAGACCUCGUCCCACUCAUCCAGAAUGAUGUCAGAUGGUCUUAUGGCAGUACUGUGUGCUGCACAGGAGAUGCUCCCACCAAGGGAUGGGACAAUGAUGGCGGGGACAGGGUGGCCAGAAGCAAUGGUGGAAUCAAGCGGGAGGCCCUGCCCUGCAGCCCCUGCGGUGACAGCAAAAAGGACAAUGUCUCCCCUAAUCCUGGCCGCAAUGCAAUGAAAGAUGGUUGUGAUAAAGUGCAGAGAGACAGAGGUGUCAGCUGUGCUGGGAAAGGGAGUUGCUGUGACAUCAAAAAUGGUGUUGUCGUCAUGGAUGAGAAUGGCAAGAAGAGAAACUGCAGCGUUUCUAUUGUCAAAUUGGAAAAUACAGAUUAUGACUUUGGUCAGUUAAAAACAUUUUCCCCCCUCGGAUAACUAUAUUCACUUAAAUUCCUUUUUGAGAAAAGAGUUUCACAAAAUAUUUGAUAAAAAUUAUUUUAUUUUGCACAUUGUUUUUAGAGCAAUACAUUUUUAUAAAACUAUUUGUGGAUAGUAAGUAGUGAUGCAUACUUACAAACAUGACUUCCUUUUUGCACAUUUAAGAAAUACAUUACCUGAAAGCUUUUUUAAUGCAAUUUUGCUUUAUGUUUUCAGUAGCUGAAAAGUCUGUUAGUGGGGCAGCCAAUCUGGCUAUUUUGAGCUACCCAAAGUACUGUCGCUACAGGGCAAUGCGAAAGCGUCUUGAGGGAUGUGAAAAUCAGUGGUUGCAUCUGGCCAUAGUUGUGGCCAUUGGAGGCUUCUCUGGUCGUGCUCCAGGCUGCAGAGUUAUGUUUUGUAGAGAGACAUUUGAGCAAUCAGAGCUGGACACAUGGGACUUGAGAAUGGAUCAUAUGUGUAAGAUUAUAAUAAUGAAUCCAUUUAACAGAUUAAAAAUUUUCAGAUAAGAUUUUUUAAAAUGACAUAAUUGUAAAAUAUCAAAGUGUUGGAACAAUUUUAAGGGAGAUAAGAAUGAUACAAAAAUAUUUUUAGCCCUGCUUUACCAAUUUGAGUUACCUUGCAUUGGUAUUUUAAUGUUCCUCAAGUGACAUCUCCAAUUACAAAUUGUUUAUAUGAGUUUGGGCUUCAAAAAAAGGCUUGACAUAAUAGUUAAUUUAAAAAUAUAUAACUCAAUUCUUUAUAAUAGAUUAAAAUAAAUCUGUUUCUUUAAAUAUUGAGCUAGUUGUGGAAUACAAUUUGCAUUAUAUAAUUGAAGGAUGAUGUGCCCGUUACUAUACACAUGAAAUUCAACUAUAGAGACAUAUUUAUUUACAUCAUCAUAUAAUAAAUUAAAUUCAUGUUAUCAGGUUUACAGGAUUAUUUCAGGAGCAUUUAGGAUUUUUGUUUUGCUUACACCCAGAUACUUAAUUUAUGUUCUUAAACUUUAAAUAAUUCAGUACCAGACUUGAAAACUCGCCCUAAAAGUAAAAAGAGCAAACAACUCUUGAGGAAAGACUCCCAGCAGGACUCUGACAGUAUGGAAGAAUUAUUUGCCAAUGUUACACCUUCCAUAUCAUCAUCGUCAAGAGUAAGUAAUGGCUGGGUUCUUUUUUUAUGGUCCCAUUGCUUGAUUCUUGUAUGCUUGUUGAAGUUUAACUUAAGAACUGUUAUUGGGAAUUUAAAAAAAAAUAAAUUAAUCAUUGACUGUCAAUGCUUAAAUGCAUAAAUGCUAAGUUCAAUGCAAUGUUUAUGCAAAUCUUUUUACAGCCUAGGAGAUCUACUGAGUCGUCAGACAUAAAUGAAGAAAAAGUCAGCACAGAAGAACAGGCUUUUCUCAUUGGACUGCACAAGUUCAUGCAUGAUGCUAAAAUGCCCAUUGGUCGAAUUCCUUCCCUUGGCUUUAAACAAAGUAUGUAAUUCUAAGCAAAUUUUCUUGUCUUUCUCUUGUAUAAAAUUGAUAAUAGCCUAUUUAAAGGUAGACCUAAUAGUGUUAGUUCAUCUUUUUUUUCUUCAAGUUUUGAAUGGAAUGAUGUUUGUUACAUUUUUUAAAACUACUUAAACAAUUAUUCAAGGAUCAGCCAAUGUUAUUGAAUUGUGGGCUAUUCAAAGGUAGACCCAAUAGUGUUAGUUCAUCUUUUUUUUUCAAAUUUUGUUUUCUAUUGCAGUAGAUUUGUUCUACUUUUACAAGCAAGCUGAGAAGUUGGGAGGCUAUGAUGCUGUAAGUAAACAUAAUUUAGUCACAGGAUUUUAACAAAAAAUAUUAUAUUAUUGUAAAAAAUAUUCUUUCGCUGUAAACAAUUGUGCUUAAAAAACAAUAUUUAGAUAUUGUAAAAGACAAAUACUUGUGUUCGAAUACAUGUCAAGCCAUUUAUAAACUUUAAGUCAAAGUGAUCAAAAAAUAAAUUGUAAAAAAAAGGUGUGAAAAUUAUUACGAUUCUGUAGUUAGUGUUAAAUUACAUUAAGUUGAUUUAACACUUUCUAGGAGCAGUUUUCAACCUUUUUCAUGUUACAGUUGUAUGUCACACCAUUCAAGUAUUUAAAAAGAAAUAUUAACUUUUUUCUGUGACUAGCAGACUCCAAACUAACUAUCAUUAAUACUGGAGACUUAGAUUAGAAUUAGAAUGUAUUCAAAUAAAAGUCCCAUUCUUUGUGGGUAUAAUUCUUAAAUGUCCUUCUUAAAAUAAUAUUUAUUGCUGAAUAAAAAUUUGACACCACAUUUGUGAACCUUUGUGACAUACCUUUGCUGCUGCUUUAAGUAAUAUAUGUUCAUGUUGUUUGGCUUCUCCUAUUAUCUUGUAAUUUACAGAUUACACACAAACGAAUGUGGAAACACUUGUAUGACAAGUUGGGUGGCAAUUCCAGUAACACAAGUGCUGCCACCUGCACAAGAAAACACUAUGAAAGGUAAAAGAGGGCACCAUAAAUGAUGACUCCGUUGAAAGUCUAUCAAAGAAAAGAGCUGCAACUGUAAGUUAGGGAAGAGUUUUCAACAAUAAUGUUGAUGAAAAACAAAUUCUAAUUUGUUUCCCACCUCUUGUUUUCAGAUUGCUGUUGCCAUAUGAAAGGCAUCUUUACAAAAUUAAGCUUGGCAAACCCAAGAAAAAACUGCCCAGGUUUUUACAGGAAAUAGUACAGAAGCCUGACACGGAGGAUAAGAAAGAGCCUACUACUCAAAUAGAGGUAUGUGUUUUUUAUCCACGAUGUUUUUCUUAUGAGAAAUCUUUGUUGUGUAUGAAAUUGCUAUUGCUGAGUUAAUAUCUGUAUUUUGUGCCCAUAGCAACAGUAUAUCUCAUCUCUAUAGAAUCUAAGUUUAAAUGUGACGCUCUCUAUAAGACUUAAUUAUUAUAUGGCCAGAUUCCUAGACCGAUUUAUAUAAUAUGUAUCAUAUAAAGAUGAAAUGCACACUGGAUUGAAUGAUAGCAUACUUAUUAAGCUUUAAUUUAUAGGCAUGACAUUGACAUAACUCAAGUGUAGUAGUUGGACACAGUCAAUACUAAUUAAUUUUUAAAAUAAAAAUUACCUUUUUCACAAUGCAAUUUUAAAAUGAAAAAAAAAAACCUAUUUUCCAAAGACCUCGAAUCAUAUUUGUAGAUAUUUUCAGAGUUUUUUUUGUCAUUAAAAUGUCUCUUUCAGAAUGUUGAAUUAAUUGAGUUAAAGAAAGAAACUAAACCAGAGGAGGAGGAGGUACUUGAGGUAGAAAUUGUUAAAACUAGCCCCAAGGUUAGUGGGUGACAUCAUCUCAUAUCACCCGCUUUGGCUAUGCUUGCAUCUCCAGUGCUUGAUUUACUGCUCUUAUUCAAUCAUUAACUUUGCACCAUCAUGUCUUGUAGCAUCACAGAACAGGAGCUCAUCAAAUUAUAUCAUGAAAGAAAACAGAUGCUUGAAUUUCAGCCUUCAUUUUCCGUAGAGGGUCUUGGCAUGUUUAAGAUGCUCUUUAAUGAUAAUCUUAUUUCAGCCUUGCUCGCAAGUUCAUAUUUAUAUCUUUUUAAUGCAUCAUUUCUUUGUUUCUGCUUUAUUUCCACCUCUGCUCAUCUCUCUAAUCAAACAUGGACAUCUGAUUUAAUUUCGAAAGCUCUUAGAGUUGUUAUAUCUUUGUUGUACAUCCAUACUCACUUUGAAUCCUAAACACUUAAGAUAGACUUUCUACAAACCCCUUAAUGGUAUAUUAAAUGUUAGUUAAGUGUUAGUUUAGAGGAUAUGAAAAUUGUCUAUUUUUGUCCACUUCAUGGAACCCUUAAUCCUGUUCCUGGUGAUAUUUUAUUUUGUUAAUCUAAUUAUUUUGUUAAAUAAUGUCAUCUGAAUUAAUCUGCUGUAAAAAAAAAAAAAAAAAAGCACCAGAGAUAAAUGUCUAAAGCAUGGUCAGGGCAUAAAUUAUUGUCAAAGUGAGUUUUUAAUGAGGAUACAAUUCAUUUCUUGGAUUGUGAUCUAACACAAUGUUAAACAAAUGGAAUUAGAUCUCUAAAACAAAUUUUUAAAAUUCUUAUAUGGUGCAGUAGCAGCUUGUUAAAAUACAUGGAUUAAAUGGAAAGUUACUGAGAAAACAGAUUAAGAGCUUUCAUUUUUAACACUCAAAAAAGAAAAAAGAAACAAUACUUAAAUUAUUUAUUUACUUCUAUAGGAGGAAACAAAAUGUGACAUUACCAACGAAAAUUCACCGAACGUGACCAACGAAUCCAUUGUGCGCAAGGAAAAGCUUGUACCUGGCAUGACAGAACAUUCCAAGCCAGAUUUCCAAGGAGAAACUGAAGUCCUGGAGAUCCCAGUCAUCCGUCAUUGUAUAGGGGGCAACAGUUCCUUCCCAAUAAUGGAAAUUAAAAAUGUGGACAGUACUCAGAAUCUCCCUUUCUCUAAUAUAGAGCAGCUCCAGCAACAACAGCUUCAGCAACAACAGCUUCAGCAACAACAACUUCAGCAACAACAGCUUCAGCAACAACAACUUCAGCAACAACAACUUCAGCAACAACAACUUCAGCAACAACAGCUUCAGCAACAGCAGCAACAGCAGCUUCAGCAACAGCAGCUUCAGCAACAGCAGCUUCAGCAACAGCAGCAUCAACAGACUCUGAAGUCACCUGGAACACAAGUGGACAAUACUUGCUUAAUCAAUGCAAACUUAAUGUACAGGGGUGGCUAUUUUAUGCCAGUUAUACCCCAUCACAUGUUACAGUCGUCCUGGGGUAUAAUGGGCCCUUCCACAUCAUCCGCCUCUGCCUCAUCGCCACAGAUGAAAACUGAGAGUGGAUUUUUUUCCUCAUCAGAGACCAGUGAUCCUUCUAUUGCAGCCAUGGCACCAUCAACAAAAUCGAAUCAAAACAUUGUGCAGGGUUCGGCUUUUGUUUCUGAAAGUCGCCAUAAAGCUGGCAGUGGAAGGUCAUCACAUUCUUCUCAGCUCCACCAGCAGCUGUCCCCUUCAGGCAGUAGUGCUCUGAAAGCUGCACAUUCAAACACACCCUAUAAACCUUCACCAUACCUCCUCAACGACCACAUUCAGUCUGGGGCAGUGCCCAUGAAGAACUCACGUUUGCCUCAUUACUUCAUGACUGAUGAUCUUUUGGCAAUUUCUAGUCAAAAACUUGCACCAAUCCUUCACCCCACACCACCGGGGCACAGAUAUCAGUCUCAUCUCCCACCUGCUCCAACAACUAUAUAUCUUCAUCCAUCCUCUACAAAUCCAUUCUCUCCACUUCAGCCGCCCAUCACCAGCCCGCCACCUGCAGCGCACAACUAUCCUCGUAAGCGACCUUACCCUUUUGAUCAUCCCACAGCGACAGCGACACCUGUUUUUCCCAGCCCGGAUAUAGUUUUAGAUCGGAUAAAAAACUCCACUGGUCUUCCUCGUGUCAGUGCCCCUGUGGUUUACCCAACCAGCAUUAGACAACGAUUUGAUGAUCCCAAGCAAAUAUUUCGACAAACCCCUCAGUCUGCACCCCCGUGUCAGACGACGUCUCCUUUACGUAAGCAGCCAACCCUACAGACAGUGAACAGUGGUAAACAGGAGAAUGUCAAAUUAAAGAACUCGAAUAGAAAAACUCAGCAAACAUUUUCUCCAUAUGCCCACAUGCCACCUUUAGAGAUUCAACAGUCUUUUAUACCCCAGGGUCAUAGUAACAGUAAAGUAAUGGACCAAAUGAGGUCCCCAUCCAAUUCUAAUGGAUUAUUGCCAAGUCAGCCGCAGUCUUCUAGCAAGUCUUUGCCAUCUCCAAGUCCAGUGGCAUCAUCCAGCAAAGAUGGACGACUCACCUCAGCGCUAUUUGGGACACAGUUCACAGCACUACCAAGGGUAAGUGGUGUUUUGUAUAAUAUUUAUAAGGGUAUAGAUGUGUUCUAAAAUCUUUACAUAAAUUAAAUACCUGUUUCUUUUUUAAAAUUACAUGGCACAUUUGUGACCUUUUAUUUAAAAAAAAAAGAUUUAGAAUAUGUUCAUUAGAAAAAACUUUUCUAUGUUUAGAACUCAGGAUUGAAGGCAAAUGAUUGAAAAAACCACAUAUCAUAAGGUUUAGAGAAAGUUUAAUUGCUUGUCCAUUUUGUGUUUAAUUCUGGUCUUUUCUUGGAAAUAGAAUUAGAGAAAUCUUAUUGAUGUAAUAAAAAAAAGAUGUUAAUUGAUUCCAGACUCUUUAUUCUAUUAGAAGUGAUUAUUCUUUUAAAGUUAUCUGUUUAGGGUGGUGAAUAAUGUUUCUUUUCACACUCUGAUCUAUUAGGGUUGUACCAAUCACCCUGAUGUCAUGGUAAAAAAAUGUGCAGGUCUUUAUUAAUAGCCAUGCAUCUGCAUAUAGGAUGCUUCUAUAAUCGAUCAGUUAGGGGAGGUAUUUGAGGUGUAUGUACUAUGGUGAUUUGAUACUAUUUCAUUGAGAUAUUUGCAAAGGGGAGAAGGUUAAUGUUAUCUCGUGUUAUAUUUGGGUGAGGUGUUUGUUAAGUUGAAUUAGCCCUGUGCACAGACCACAAAUAAUUACUUUUUUGGUCUUCGAUUGAAGGUCAUUAAUGGGUAAAGUUUGGCUAUGUGAAAACAUCAUAGCCCAUUCCUUUUUAGAUACGCCCUAAUUCUUUUCCUUUGGCUUGGGUUUAGUGAUCUAGGCACAUUUGUUGUUCCUAGUGUAAUUUUUAAAAUAAAUUUGCCUGUUUUUUCAUUUGCUCAGCUUCCAGUAACUCAUGUAUGGCAUAAAAAUAAUGUGAUAGCUGAUGUUAAAUCUCAAAUUAUAUUUUUCUCAUCACAUUCUCCCCCAUGUUUUUUUUUUUAAACUUAAUAUUUUUGUUAACUUUGUCAUUUUAGCCUGUCAAGUCCUCAGACCACCCACCACAGUCACCUCACAUGCCCGACUCAUCUUCAGCUGUUGCUGCAGCCAUGUCUAUCAGUCCCCAUCUUCACCCAGCUUUCAUGAACCUGUACAUGCCCUCUGGUGCCCAGACACAAGUCCCCGCAAUGAAUCCACAACUCCAGAUGCUGGCCAGUGCAUAUGGCACAACACCUGCCCAGCUUGCCACUUAUGAGGAGAUGGUGCGUCAAAAUGGGUAUGGUGCGUUCUUGACAGGCGCCCCGCAGCAACAGUUAAAAGCACCAAAAAAAAAUUGACAUUUGAAAGCUUCGUAAAAAGCCAUUUUCUUAUUAUCCUUUAUAAAUAAUUAAUACUUGUUUUCAAUUAUAUGAUGAAUGUUUAAGUGAAAUUUUAUACCACAAAAUUUGUCGUGAAUAGAACAUUGGUAAUAUUUAACCCUUUCAGUUGCCAUUAAGAAAUUACCUUCAGGACCAAAGCGAAGGGAAAUAACUCCAUUUUGACCAUAAAGUGCUGAUUUCAAAAAUUUAUUUAAAAUCAAUCUUUAUCCGGUCAAAAAAAAAACCUGAUAAUUGUAGAGAAAAGAAAUUUUAUUUAUACAAGUCUACAUUAGGACCAGUUUCGCCUACAAAUUCUUUGAUUUCCAUUGAACUUAAUAUGACCUGUCAGAUCUAUCAACAUCAUUUUCAUCUUCAACAUCAAGAUGUUUAACUAAUUCAAUAUCAACAUCACUUUCAUUUCCAUUAUCUAUAUUUGCAUCAGAUUCAUCACUGUCGACACUAACAGCCAAUGUUCUUGAAGUUUGAAGCCUUUCCAGAAAGGCAAAUGCCUACUGUCAGCAUAAGCACUAUUAAUUUUUAAAAAUUGAAAGUAGCAUAAACUCAAGCACACCGCUCCCAACCCUAAAAAAACAAGAGAUUGACUCUUCCUGUUUAUAAAUAGGCUCUUUGUAACUUCUUAAAAAAAGUUAUCUUCUCUGGGCUAAAUUGAAUAUGUCCUGUUGAUUUGGCCAUAACGCAACUGAGGCGUGAGGACCGGAAAUCCAUAAUGUGACUGAAAGGGUUAAAUACAUUUCAACUUGCUUUCUUAAAUUACAAAUUUUUAAAAUUUAUUUUAGAUUGCAUCAUUUAGUUUGCUAAAAAUAAUUGCAUCAAAUGAUUAAUAAAUAGACUUGAGCUGAUACAGGGUCUCAUUUUACCAGAAUUUUUGGGUGUAAAUGAAGGUUAAGGUGACAAUUUUACCCAUGAUGUUAAGAAAUUUUUGCUAUUUCUAGCAUAAAAAUGUGUAGGAAAAAUAUUCUUUGAUCUCACAGUCAUUCAAAAAACUUUAAUCAAGUAUGGAAGCAUUUUGCUUUGACCUGUUCUAUUCAAAUUUUUACUUUUAUAUUGGAAAUAAUUUAAAGCAUGAGUUCCCAAACUUAAAAAUAAAAUGUAUGUUGGUGAAUUUGGGAUAUUAAGGCCAUGAAAUGAUGGGAACCUCAACUUUUACUCUCACUAAUCAAAGGGCCUUGAAAUCCGGUGAUAUGAAUGUAAAAUUAUUACGAUGUGAUUUCUUUCAUGUUUUUUCCUCCUCUCAAUACUUUUAUAUCUUGGGGCUAAGUAACCAUUGUAUAUGUAAAUAAAAAUGUAUAGAAGUUGACUUUUAAAAAUUUACUUUGAUAACCCUAUUAUCUUGUUUGUAAAUGAACAUUAUUGCUGGGUUAACUUUAGAAGGGCAUUGAUUGGGUGACUUAAAUAUUUCACCUGUAUCACCACCUUUAGGAGACUAGCAUAAUUAAUUAACAAUCCUUCAAUAGAAAUAGUUAGUUGGUAAUCUUCAGCAGUUAUUGCCCACACUAUCAAAUACAUAUAUAUCCAUGUAAAACAUUGAAAAAGACUGAAAAAACAAACCUAAUGAAGUAGUAGCAAAAACACUUUAACAUUAAUUUGAAGUUGGAAUCCAAGGUUGUUGGUAAUUUAUAUAUAUUACUUCUUAAAACAAAGGAAUUUUCAUAGCUGUGAUGCAU